GACGUACCUUUGAUCUUUAAUUUAUUUUAUUUUGAGAUUAUGUAAGUUAUUGCAUUGGUGACUGAUGACGCAUAAACCACUUCAGUAGUGCCUAACAAAGUUUUCCAAUGGAGGUUCGAAAGUAUUUAAAAGAAGAAUGUUUUCCAAGUCACUGAUUUUUUCAUUGACGGUUAAAACAAGAGCAUAAAAAACGAGGCACAAGCUUAUAGCUUAUACACGAUCUUCCAAAGCCUUGAUUGGUAAUAAAGUUUGCUCAAAGCUAACCAGAGCCAUAUCUGCUUGUACCAUGCAGUCUGCAAGUGACAUGUGCAGAAAGUACACUAAAAAAGUUGGUAUGGACAGCUACCGGUACUUCAUAAAGAGAAAUUCUAGUCCGUAUGGGACAGAUCAUUUUUCGAGGAAAAGUAGCAGUGUUCGCAAGAUUUUAGAUCAGUCUGAACUAGAGAGGUUUAAUCGUUUGUACGAGAAGGCCAUACAUUCAACAGAUACUUGUGCACAUUAUGCGGGAAAUCAUGAGUUAACAUUGAAAAAACGUUCAUUUUAUCGUCAAGAAAACCUACGUCAGCAUUCAUGUGCAGAGGGAAAUGAAACGAAAAAGAUGACGGGAGGCAUUGUUCCUGAUACCUUUGGCUCUUUAGCAGACUGUACAGGUUUAUCUGACAACGGAUAUGAAUUAAGAGAAACCUCUUCUUAAAAGAUUCUUUUAAUUAACAUGCAUGGGACGCAAUUACCAGAAAACAAGGCAAUAUGUCUAUAAAAUUGUGUUUUGAGGUAUAAAAUGGAGAAAGAUUCACAAAGUACCACUCAAAUAUGUAAGCACACCACUAACCGGAUUAAACGAGGAACACUUAAACAAGCUAAGCAAAAACAUUCAGAAACACCGACCACGAUUUCAACUAAAGAUGAUGAAGCUUAUACUCCAUCUUCCAAAGUGUUGAUAGAUAAGAUUGGUCGGUUAAAAAAUACAAGAGCUUUAUCCACCAGUUUUAAUGCUGAAACCAAGAGUAAAAAAUGCUCCAGCAGUAAAUACGGCAAAAAACGCAAACAAAUGGACAAGCAAAUGUGUAGUAGAAGUUACGACGAUUACCAAACAAGGAAAAAUUCUAGCCAUCAUGAAACGGAUGAAUCUUUAAGGACAGGAAGUAGUGUUCGAAUGAUUCUAGACCAGUCUGAAUUUAACAGACUUAACUAUUUGUACGAGAAGGCCAUACUUCAUGGGCAAAGAGAUGUUCGUACGCAAAAUGCUGGAAAACAUGUAAAACAUGUAAACGCUUAUACAGGUUCUUGUCAUCGUCAAGACAACUUACAUCAGAUGUCGUCUGCAAACGGAAAAAUACAGAAUGAGCAGACUGACAAUUCUGAUACUGAUGAAUAUAGCUCAUUAGAGGACAGUACUAGUUCAUCAGGCACCGAGUAUGACUUAAGUAUCAACCAUAGCAAUGGAUCGCUUGCCAACAGCAGACUACCUGCAGAAAACAAUUCGGAAAACAAGCGAUACCCCGACUACACUGAGGGGAUAAAUGAACAUAAGCCACUAAUAGUAGAAUACGUAAAGAAACAACCACAUCAAAAAGACAGCAAACAUGGAAGAUGGGGAAAAAUCGUACCAGGUGCAUCCAUAAAGAACUACUGUUCCACAGCCACUGAGGAAAGUAUAACAGAAUGGUCAAGCAGUGAUGACGAUGGCGAUAUUUCGAAUGAGAACUCUAUGCAACAUGAAAGAAAUAAGUUUAUGACCUCCAGUUCGAAUCGCUCAACAUAUUCCACCGACACAUCCUCUGUUCAGAAUUCAAAAAUGUGUGUAAUUUUAUAAACUUUGAUAGUUUAAUUAAACAUUCAAAACUCUACUACGUAUUUCACUUUUUCACUUUAAAUUAAUUUAAUAUUGUCUAUAUUUUAAUUUGUUAGUAUUGCAGAUAGAUAUUCUACAUUUAUAUCAUCAUGAGCAUCCCUCAUCAUAGUCCAAGCAGUCCAGUAUUACAAAUUAUGGUUUUCCGUUUUUUUUUUUUUGUUUUUUUUUUAUACGUUUUAACUUGAUUACGUGCCAUGUAUUUGCGC